UUCUCGUCAUCCAAACAAGUUUUUACAACCGAAAAAAAAAAGGGAGAGAGAGAGAGAGAGAGAGAGAGAAAAUGCAAAUUGGGCAGUGAAAAAUUCACACAAGGUGGCAUGCAGCCUUAUGUGCCAGCUGGCCAUCGUCGUCGUCGACAUGAAUCGGUGCGCUUCAUCGCCUCCCCCUCUCUGCGUCUUUACGCCGUGCCAGUUCUUCGGCAGCAGCACCACCGCCGUCAAGUUCUUCAGGUUCGAGUUCGAGUUCCAGAGGAAAGAGCGAUUCAGGCGGCGGCUUAAGUUCGUUGUCAGUGCAGAGCUUUCGAAGCCAUUCGCUCUCAGCUUCGGCUUGGACUCUCAGACCUUUCGGCCUCAUGAUCCUUCGCAAUUACCUAGAAUUGGUCCUAUUCCUGGAGAUAUUGCAGAAAUUGAGGCAUACUGUAGAAUCUUUAGAUGUGCUGAACGGCUUCAUAGUGCAUUGAUGGACACAUUAUGCAAUCCAGUAACGGGUGAAUGUAGUGUUUAUUAUGAUUACCCAUCAGAGGAAAAACCACUUUUGGAGGAUAAAAUUGUCUCUGUGAUUGGGUGUAUGGUAUCCCUGUUGAACAAAGGAAGGGAGGAUGUGCUUUCUGGUAGAUCGUCCAUUCGCCUCGCAGAUUUAAGUGUAAUGGAGGAUGAGCUUCCUCCACUCGCCAUUUUCAGGAGUGAGGUGAAAAGGUGUUGCGAGAGCUUGCAUGUUGCUCUUGAAAACUGGUUGGUUCCUGGGGAUGAUCGAAGCUUGGAUGUAUGGAGGAAACUUCAGAGACUGAAGAAUGUCUGUUAUGAUUCUGGUUUUCCCCGCAGGGAGGAUUAUCCUUGCCAUACACUUUUUGCGAAUUGGGCUCCUGUUUACUUAUCCUCUUCUAAAGAGGACAUUAGGUCCGUAGAUUCAGAGAUAGCUUUUUGGAGGGGUGGCCAGGUAACAGAAGAAGGUCUGAAGUGGUUACUAGAGAAAGGAUAUAAAACUAUUGUUGACCUUAGGGCAGAGACUGUAAAAGACAAAGCUUAUCAUUCAGCCAUAGAUGAUUCUAUUGCAUCCGGGAAAGUUGAAUUGGUCAAAAUUCCAGUUGAAGUUGGGACUGCACCUUCAAUGGAGCAGGUUGAGAAAUUUGCAUCUUUGGUUUCAGAUUGCAGCAAGAAGCCGAUCUAUCUUCAUAGUAAGGAAGGAGCGUUGAGAACUUCUGCCAUGGUUUCUAGAUGGAGGCAAUACUCGACGCGUUAUAAUGUGCAGUUUGUCUCCAAGCGGUCAAGAGCUAUCAACGAUGUGUUACUACGAAAUACAAAUGGGGCAGGCGAAGUGCUGGAGCCUUCCACUUCUAAGAAAAGGUCUAUCCCGGGAAAGAACAAGCCACUGCAAGGGGAACUGGACAAAACUUAUGGUUUAAAUGGCGUAUUUCAAAAGGAUGUGUCUCCAGAUAGGGAUGAAACAAAUCAGAGCUCAGAUGGGACAUAUAACAGCCUUAUGUCUGUCCAAGGCAUGACAUCAGUAGAACCAGAUGAAAAUGGGGAAGGAAAUAUGAUGAACUUUUGCAGGGAAGUUGAACCCCUGAAUGCCCAAGUUCCUCCUUGUAAUGUUUUCUCUAGAAAAGAAAUGUCCAGGUUUCUGGGGAGAAAAAGCAUCUCACCUCACUCCUAUUUUAAUCAUCAGUUAAAAAGGUUGGCUACAUUACCAAUUUCCAGAGGUAUCAAUAUUAAGACAAUGCAGAGAGGCGGUACCAAUUCGGCACCUCAGCUUGUGGUGGUACAAAAUUCAUAUGGGCCACCUUACAGAAAGGAUCUAUCUCCAGAAGUCCAGACCUCUACUUCUGGAAAUGGGAAGUAUUUGACUAGUGUUAGUUCUGGUUCUGUUCUUCCAGUUGUGAACGGAUUUGGUGAAGUGAAUGAAAUUGCAAGUAAUGUGUCUACUACUCCGAGUAGUAGUUAUGAUGAGAGUGUCUUACCUAAAGCAGUAAAUGAGGAUAGGAAGAGUAAUGGUGGAGCCACCUUAGCUUCAGGAGACGAUGACCUGGGGUCAAUUGAAGGAAAUAUGUGUGCUUCUGCAACUGGUGUUGUAAGGGUGCAGUCAAGAAAGAAAGCUGAGAUGUUUUUAGUUCGAACAGAUGGAUUCUCUUGUAGCCGAGAAAAGGUGACGGAAUCCUCCUUGGCCUUCACUCAUCCAAGUACCCAGCAGCAAAUGCUUAUGUGGAAAUCCUCACCAAAGACAGUAUUAGUGUUGAAGAAGCUAGGGCAAGAACUCAUGCAACAAGCUAAAGAGGUUGUCUCUUUCUUGUAUUACCAAGAGAAAAUGAAUGUUCUGGUGGAACCAGAUGUGCAUGAUGUGUUUGCUAGAAUCCCAGGGUUUGGAUUUGUUCAGACCUUCUAUAGUCAAGAUACCAGUGAUCUGCAUGAGAGGGUUGAUUUUGUGGCAUGCCUGGGAGGAGAUGGAGUUAUACUCCAUGCUUCAAAUCUGUUUAAAGGUGCUGUUCCCCCAAUUGUAUCAUUUAAUCUUGGAUCUCUUGGAUUUUUGACUUCCCAUACGUUUGAUGACUAUAUGCAGGACUUAAGGCAAGUGAUCCAUGGAAAUAACACAAGUGAUGGUGUUUAUAUAACUCUGAGAAUGCGGCUCAGGUGUGAGAUUUUUCGAAAGGGUAAAGCAAUGCCUGGGAAAGUAUUUGAUGUCUUGAAUGAAAUAGUUGUUGAUCGAGGUUCUAAUCCAUACCUUUCUAAGAUUGAAUGUUAUGAACAAGACCGGCUUAUAACCAAGGUCCAAGGUGAUGGGGUCAUUAUUGCUACACCUACAGGAAGUACUGCAUACUCUACAGCUGCAGGAGGUUCCAUGGUGCAUCCAAAUGUCCCGUGCAUGUUGUUUACCCCAAUCUGCCCACACUCCCUCUCAUUUAGACCAGUUAUACUUCCAGAUUCUGCAAAGCUUGAAUUGAAGAUUCCAAGCGAUGCUCGAAGCAAUGCCUGGGUUUCUUUUGACGGAAAGAGAAGGCAGCAACUCUCAAGAGGAGACUCUGUCCGAAUAUCUAUGAGCCAACACCCACUUCCAACUGUUAACAAACGUGACCAAACAGGUGAUUGGUUUCGAAGCUUGAUUCGUUGCCUAAACUGGAACGAAAGACUAGAUCAAAAGGCCCUUUAAGCCUCCGAAACGAAAAAAAAGGAAACCUACUCCACUCUUCAUUCUUGGUUAAUGAUUCUGUAUAUUAUUGUACAUAUUACAGAUUAGAGGAAAUAAAACUGAGAGUAAGUAUAUUCAUUAUCAGUAUAAAGCAAUAGAAAUUAUACUUACUCUUUCAUGGAUGUUA